CCCUGCUGCGUGUAAUUAGCUGCAUCAUGCUCUUGCCAGAUGUCAACCUCAGCUCUGUAGAAAAUUACGACUUGCCAAUCACCUAACGCACCUUACGAGGCUUCAGUUACCAAAACGAAACCAAAUUGACACCACAUAUCACCACCCAACAUGUCUAUGACGCUCGAAGAAGCCCAGGUGCCCCGCCAGCCCAACCCUGUUCCCUCGGGCCCUGACAAUGUCCUCGAGCAGUUCAACCUCAAAGGCCGCGUUGUCGUCGUGACAGGUGCUGCUGAAGGCAUUGGCGGUGCCGUUGUAGACUCAAUGGCCGAAGCUGGCGCCAAUGUAGCACUCUGGUACCGUUCCAACGACAAGGCAGUCACAAAGGCUGAGGAGUUGGCAAAAAAGCACGGGAACAAGUUCAAGGCAUACCAGAUUGAGAUCUCGGACCCGGAGAAGGUACAAGAGCUGGUUGCCAAGGUUGUAGAGGACUUUGGUAGACUGGAUGUUAUGAUUGCGAAUGCCGGUAUGGCUAUCUCGAAGCCUAUCCUUGAGACCAGUGUAGAGGAGUACAAGAAGCAAUUCGCUGUCAAUGUUGACGGUGUCUUCUACUGUGCCAAAUAUGCUGGCGAACAGUUCAAAAAGCAGGGCAAGGGUAACCUGAUUAUCACAUCGAGUAUCUCAGCACAUAUCGUCAAUGUACCGGUGGACCAGCCAGUCUACAACUCCACAAAGGCAGCCAUCACACAUCUCGGCAAGUCGCUGGCCAGAGAAUGGCGUGAGUUCGCCCGCGUGAACAUUGUCUCGCCUGGCUUCUUCAAUACCAAGAUGGGUGCAGGAGAGAGCGUGAUCAACGAAGCCUACCGUAUGACUCCUAUGGGCAGACAGGGAGACGUUAGAGAGAUCAAGGCUCUGUAUCUGUACCUAGCUAGUGAUGCUAGCAGCUACCAGACAGGCAGUGAUACUGUUAUUGAUGGUGGUUACAUCUUGCCUUAGAAACGGUAUCAGAUAUAAAGACGGCCCUGAAUAUGAUUGUAUGACACAGGAUAGAGGAAAGAGACAAAUUCAUACGACCUUGCUACUUCUAACAUCACACGAACAUCACCCACAGAGAUUACCAUUAGGCAGCAAGCAUACGCAUGACCUCAAGGAUCGUCACCCAAGACGUUCGACAUACCCACUUUCAAUCCUUCCGCCGCUUCUCCCACCUGAUCACACUAUCCACAUGAUCGCUGCAACUCCACUGCCCUCUUACAGCCCAAACGGAACAAAACUCCGCCCUCACACGUCAAACCACGAUUCACACCAUUCCAGACCCUCAUAUCCGCCUCCUCCGUAUCGACCGAUGACAUCUCUCCAUCGAUAAAGAAACAAGGGUAUACGAUAGAGACUAGACAAGGAUACACAAUCAAGCCCAA